GCUACACAGAUACGGUGACGUCACCAUCGAAGCACUGAACUAAAACAAUCAACCUCACUCGACCACUGCUCUCCGACUGGACCGUGUGGCUAAUAGAUAACAAAUAUAUACGUCUGCUGAAGAAUAAAUACGUAGGGUAUAUUAAGCUAAGCGGGUGUUAAUAGUAUUCUCUUUUUGGUAAGACACGGCGCCACUAUUCAUUCUAUAGCCCUCGUUACAGAAGCCUGGUGUCAUCGCGCAACCUCUCCCUGAAAGCAUGUCUUCUAAGCCCAGUGACGAACUAGGUUCGGAGGGGAAAUGGUUCGGGGACGAUUAUGAGAGAAAUGGCCUGUUUGGAAGUACCCCACCCCGGUUUGACGAGCUACGUGACGAAUUUAAGCCGAAAAGCGGAGGGGACACGGGCGACCUGGAUCAACAAUUCCAUCAAUUUCUGGACGAUGGGAAAAGGCCCCCAGUUGCUAUGGAAACUGCAUCUACAGAUGACCCGAUGUCUGGACUCUUCCAGAAGCCAAUGAGUGACGACGGUGACCUGUACACCUCCCUGCUGUCCAAUCAGGGCCACCGGUACGACCAGGAGGGCUCCUCAGGCUCCUCCCCCUCCCAGGAGCGCUCCACCAUCGACUCCUACGGCAUCUUCAGCUCCAAGAUGACCUCUGACCUGUCUGACCUGGAUGACCUUCCCAAGUCCCUGCUGGGUUCUGAGAAGACCGAGUCCUACAACUACAUGGACAUCAGCCACGGAGACGAGCAGAGCUCCAAGCGGGCCCAGCCCAGCCUGGGGGACACGGGCCCCUCCGGCGGAGACUCCCUGGGCAGCUACAUGGAGAAGAACCCCGGAGGAGAGGAGGAGAGCCUGGGCCCGGCGCUGGACUCGCACUCCUUCCCCUACGUGGAGGAGCCGUCAGACGAGGAGCUGUCCGACUACCGCUCCUACCGCACCCUGGGCACCCCGCAGACGGCCAGCCCCGUCAAGAUCACCCUGACCGAGUCCCGCCCUCCCGUCGCCAAGGACGACCCGGCCCCGCUGCAGACCGCCGUGUCAGACCGCGACAACAUCCUCAGCCUGGGCCUGCAGGGCGUUCCCACGGUUACCCUCUCCGAGCCGGAGGACGAGAGCCCCACAUCCUCGCCCAACGCGUCCCCGACAGAGAAAGAGUCUCCGUCUCAUGACAUGUUCCAGUUUGGACGAGGGAAGUCAGCGGGCGGCGACCCGGCUCCAGGAUCCACCCAGCCCUCCUCCAUGGCAGCCUCCAGGGACCAGGACGGCAGCAGUGCCGAGUCCGGGGACUCGGAGAUCGAGCUGGUGUCUGAGGAGCCCUUCUCUCGCCCAGCCGCGCCCUCCUCCGCCACCAGCACCAACAACCCCUUCGAGCCGCCCCCGAGCAACAAGGGCACUUUCAGCCCGGCGGGCAACCCCUUCGACAGCACCCCCCCGGUUAAGGGCGGCCUGGGCUUGACCGGCCACCCCGCCCCGCCCUCGGCUUACAGCAUCCUGCGGGAGGAGAGGGAAGCAGAGCUGGACAGCGAGCUCUUUAUCGAGUCUGCGUCUGAGGAGAGCCCGAAGAGAGAGCAGGGCAGCGCGGGGCCCAAACAGGGGGCCCCCUCCCCCCUGAUCCCCCCCACCACCACCCCAAGCCCCACCCCGGCCCCGGCCCGCAGCAGCCCACAGCCCGCCCCCGCCGAGCCAUUGGCUAGCUCCCUGGUGAAACCCUCCAAUGACAAGAGCAAGAGCCCCACCAAGAUGGAGGAGGAUCGUCCCAGCAAGCCCAAGCCGCCCACGGCUGCCGUGCCCCCCGAGGUGCGCCCCCUGGAGGACCUGGGGGGUAAGAGCCAGCUGGCCGGCGAGGGGAGGGGAGACCAGGGGAAGCCCGACGCUCCAGUCUUAAUGAAGGGCUUCGACAAACAGAAAGCCAUUGACCUGCUCUACUGGAGGAAUGUGAAGCAGUCGGGAGCCGUGUUCGGCAGCCUGCUGCUGCUGUUCUUCUCCCUGACCCAGUUCAGCGUGGUCAGCGUGGGGGCCUACUUAGCGCUGGCCGCCCUCUCUGCCACCAUCAGCUUCAGGGUCUACAAGUCCGUGCUGCAGGCCGUGCAGAAGACCGACGAAGGCCACCCAUUCAAGUCCUAUCUGGAGGUGGACAUCGCCCUGUCCCAGGAGCAGAUCGGUAAAUAUGCUGAAAAGGCUCUGCUGUACGUCAACACCUGCAUUAAGGAGCUCCGCAGGCUGUUCCUGGUCCAGGACCUGGUUGACUCCCUCAAGUUUGCCGUGCUGAUGUGGCUGCUCACCUACGUGGGAGCUCUCUUCAACGGGCUGACUCUGAUGAUCCUGGCUGUUGUGUCCAUGUUCAGCAUGCCCGUGGUCUAUGAGAAACACCAGGCACAGAUUGACCAAUACGUGGGAUUAAUACGGACCCAGGUCAACUCCGUGGUGGGGAAGAUCCAGGCGAAGAUCCCUGGGGCCAAGCGAAAGGAGGAGUAGAGGUCGUCUCUGCGUCAAGUGAACAGUCCAGUUCAGCUCAGAGGCCGGCAGCUUGCUCAUUGUUGGAAAGCCUAGUCAUUCUCUGUGGAGGGUAGUACUGUUGUGUCAUCUAUACUGUGUUCUCUAAAACCAUCCCCCAGAGAACCCAAUCACUCCCCAAACCUGUCUUUAGCGGUUAACACACUAACACAGUCGUUCAUGGUCAACGUCCUACGUCUAUGUAGACAAGUACACGAUUCAAAAAUGAAACAAAAAAAAGAACCAGCUUUUUUUUGUGUGUUGCUUGUUAUUAAGUGCAUGAAGUUGAGCCUUGAGUAAAUAAUAUUUGAUAUAUUUCGUGCAGUUUUACUACGCUAUUUUGUUUCUGCAGUGCUUACAACAAAUGUAUGGUUUGGCACAAAAAAAACGAUAUGCCCACAGAAAUGCUCUGCUACCAAUGUUAAAUACUGCUUCAUGUUUCUGAGUUAGGAUGUGGGGCUUCUCUCGGUAUACUGUAUGUCAAUAUAUAUAAAUAUCAAAUGAUUUCCUUUCGGUGUUUUCAAGCACAAAAUAAUUUGACAAAACGCGUCUUAGAUGUGGUAAUUGUAGUUUUUUUGCUUUUGUAUAACUAUAAGGAACUAUACACAAUCUCAUGUUUUAGGUACUGUUGUUCGACUACCAUGAAGACAAGAAGUAUCUGACGAUAUUUAGCUUGUUUGAAUUAACUGUCCAACUUUGUACUAUGUUCAACUAUACUCAAUGUAGUUCUUAGACUCUGGACUCUUUAACUAUUUGCACUCACAGUAUGUAUUUAAUUACAGAAUAAGACAAAUAAAUGUUCCUUGAUGUAUAA